CGCGUUGUUUCGGCAUGCAUUCCCCGUAAUUUGAUAGUAACCCAGCUCCUGAGAGAGCUAUAGUAUUGUUCGGGUUCAAAUGGGGGGGACAGUGGAUGGAACUCGAUUUGGCUGAGCUGUGGCAAAGUAGGGGUCAUGGGGGGCUCUGAUGUUGGGUGAGGCGCGUCGCGAUUGUGUGUAGGGGGUGUCUAAGCGUCGGGGGACUUGCGCGCAGCUUCAAGACCGGCACACGUGUUGUGUGCUGUAGCAUCGUUACUUCGUCAGUAGCGCGCUUAUCACUCUCUCAGACGGUCACACUCGCCAACGGAGCAACCCUAACCAUCCUCUUACAAAAGUCGUGGUUGAGAUUAAUAACUAAGUUGACGGCCGGUGUGGAAAAGUGCUGAAAAAUUGUUAUGUAAAAAUAUAAAGUGGCUGAAACUCUUAAUUCUGGAAUACGUUGAAACAUCCAGUAAUUUAGUAACUCGUUUGCUAUCACAACUUUUUUUUUGUUGAAAAAUUUCCCCCAAAACAAGUACAAGUAUAAGUUAAACUUGUACAAGUACAAGUUUUCAUUGAACAAGUAUAUCAUUUAUCAUCAAUGUGAUAUUAGGUUAUCGUUAUAAUCUUGUUAUUAAAGCUUAUUUACAUUUGAGUAUCCUAUGAAGUAUUUUAUAGUGAUCUAGUUAUUUGAAUUCAAUUUCUAUUAUAAAUAAUUCUGUAUCAGCAAUUCAUGAUAGGAACUUGUAUAGUUAUUGUUCAUGGUAUGCUGAAAAAUGUGAUUACCGGUACCGUUACUAAUUCCCAUUUAAGAUUCCCAUUCUUUAGUUAGUUUAUUUUCAGUGAGUCUAUCCUUCACAUGAUUCUCAUUUUCAGUAACAACUGAUUUCGAAAAAGUAAAAUAAGAUUGCAGAAUGCAAAAUAUGCUAUUGUUUAAUGGUAUUUAGUUUGAGAUUUUCUUGAAUAGGCUGAUUAGACAUUUUAGUUGAGUUGAGUUUUUAAAGCAUCAAUCUUAUUUGUAUAGAUAAAGUAUUUCUGUCAUCUAUAAGGUAUCAUUAAUUGAAAUUAGAAUUAGAAAAUUAGAAAAUAGUACUAAAUUAUAAAACUGAAUUAGAAAUUAUUUAUUCGUGGACAGAAUCACAAAUCAUAUAAAUAUGAUUAGGAAGGAACAACAGGCUUGGCCCAAAUCUAUUCCAUUCCCAAAUUUUGAUAAAUUAAUAAAAUGUCCAAAAAAUAGAAUUAUUGGAACAAAUAAAAUUAAAAAAGAUCGAUGAUAAACGAUCAUAUAAAAAAUGAUCAAUCGAAAGAAUGCAUACAUAAUAAUACAAUUUGAUAAUAACUGAUACAUUUGAUUGUAUUAGAAUUCAAAUAGGCUAAGUUAUUAUCGUAUUUAUCUCGUAUGAAAUGUAGGGAAUGCUCAGUUAGCCUACUCCAAAUAAGUUUGUUGUGGAGUGCCAAUAAAAUUUUCACCACAUUCUAGAAUAACUUUCAUUCAUCACUCUUUAUUAUAAAUAACACCGUUUUCUAGAGACUUGUACAUGAUCAUAUCAACACUUAAAACAAUGAAAUUUAUUACAAUAAUAAUUUUAAACCUUGAUUUAGAUUUUCAACCUUCGAGUUAAAGAUAGAUAAUUUUUAAGUUAUCAAGCGAGUGUUAGCCAAUGGAGCAGGAGGCGUCACCGGCACGCAGCGUGGGGGAGGGGUGCGUGUCUCUGACGGACGCUGAAGUCGACGAGGUCCUGCAAGUGGACACUGCGUCUAAAACCAGCGAUCUGGUCGUCAUUGACGGCUGGCUCAAGUUCAGAGACUGCAAAAAGUGGAAGCAGAGAUGGGGAGUGGUCACAAAACUAUCACCGGCUGCAGACUGUCUACACCUCCAGCUCUACAGAGAUUGUCGAGACCAUUAUCGCCAGGGUCAGACAAAGGCGUCGCUCUCGCUGCAGCACUUUCUCGCUCUCGAAACUGGAUUUACGCUUGACAAAGAGUCGAAUACAAUGGCGAUCGUGUGUCAGGAUAUCACCGUCGUUUUGGCAUUCGAUUCGCGUGAGCUGUUAAUCCAAUGGCAGGUGAAGAUCGCCACCAAUCUAGGAGAAGAUCAGCAGAUUCUAGUUCAAGUGGCAGCAGCGCCGGCGCGAUCGAAGAUCAGUCCGGGACCGGCUCAUUUGCAUAUCAGGGAACACCGCUUCUGCCUUACUUCGGGAGUGCCUCCUCGUCUGCAUGGCUUCUGGGAGAUCAAUCAUCUCAGGAAAUUCGGCGUAGUGGAGGGGAAGUUCUGCUUCGAGGGCGGUUCACAGUGCGGCAAGGGAGAAGGGCUGCACGUCCUGAUGACCGACCAGGGAGAGGACAUCGCGCAGGCCCUUCACCUCGCCUCACAGGGCAAGCCCGUCUCCCGUAAGCGGUCUGUCGCCAGGAAUGUGUCAGUGAUGGAAAGCAGCCCCCGACGAGCGAACCACUGGCGCGCUGAUCCGUUGCGCUGUGCGUCAGACGCGCUCCACCAGAGUUGUGCCGAGUUGACGGGGGGCGCGUUCUCGGGCCCGGGAGGUCCAUCUUCUACCUGCUCGAGCAGCCUCUACGGCAGCCAUCAGCUGCCCUGGCCGUCGUCCGAGACAUCGCGGAUCGACUCCUCCGAUUUCGGAGACACGUGCUCGUUUGCCGAACAGGUGCACACCUUACAUCAGGAGUGGAAUGAUGAAAAACUGGAUGUCUGUCAUUGUUCAGCAGCAUCUCCCAUCCCAGCUAAACGGUUUUCUUCCAGCUCAACAGCAUGUGCUGCAAAUGGAUGCUCAAGCCUUCAUUCGAAAAAUGUUCAUCAGCCAAAUAGAUGUGAUUCGCCAUCUCAACACUCAACAAUAAGCAGGCUGACCGAGAGUAGCACUUAUCAAGUACCUGCCAGAACCAUUCAUUGCAUGUCACCCAAGAACUUGAUUGAGAAGAAAUGUCAGAUGGCAGCCAGCUGCAGCUGCCAUUCUCCGAAGAAGUGUGCGUUGCCCACUGCAAAUGAGCCUGUUCAACCUUUCUGCAACUAUGACACACCCAAGUCAGCCAUCAUGUCAAUCAAUAAAGAUACUGCUAUUUCAGUUGAAGAUCAAAGGGAUUCAAUGACGCUGCCGCCAGAUGAGAACUAUGACAAGCCGAGGAAUUUGACUGAAAGUGAAUUCAUAGCAGAAGCGACAAGCUUACAAUAUUCAAAUUAUGAUGUCCCUCCAUCUUCACUGCAAUUCCCACCAAUGAGUGUUACUCCACAAUGCACUAAAGUUGUUAUGGAGCGCGAAGAUUGUCAAAUGCUAGUUUGCCCAUGUAACAGAGUGUUCAAUUGGCUUUCCCUACCCUAUUGUAGAAGGGGAUAUGGCAUUGAGAGUUCAAAAAUGUGCAAGGUUAGUUUUGGAAAUAUAUUAUUGUGUCCCUUUUUUGUUAACGGCUACUGUUUUGAAAUGUUGAAAAAUCGUGUUCAGCGACCAAGAUUUCAUGAAACCAAUCAACCAAUAAGCACUGAAGCUCAACAAGAAUCCGUGCCGACAAUGAGUAAGGCUGAUGAUAGUAGGGCGCAAGUCAGUGCAGUCUGCGCAAGUGCACCGGAAGAGUCAUUAUCUCAAAAUAUUCCUGAAUCGUCAAAACCAGUUCAAACGAAUAAUUAUGCCAACCUCGAGUUUGCAGAUUCAUUGAUGCUCUAUGAAAAUUCGAGGGAUAUAAUAAGUCGUGUAGCUACAAGUGUUGAAAACAGCGAUAAAAAUGAGAGUUCACAAUCUGAGAAUACACAGAAUGAGGUUGAAUCUCGUGUUGAGUUUGAUAACCGCGGUGGUCAGUCAUGCUGUAAAUGUGGACACUCAUGUGGUGAAGCUGAUAAAAGGAAAGAGACAGAGAAUGUUGUUUGUGAUGUGAAAAAGCAGGAUGACUACACUCUAAUGGACCCAGAUGAUUUUAAAGAUAGCAUCCAGAGCCGAACAAAUUUGAGUAGUAAAAGCGGUAAGUGGGCGAGUGAGAAACAAGAAUCCGAAUCUUUCCAAGAGUACCUCCAUAUGUCACCAUUGACAAACCGGGAUGAUGCGGGGAUGGCUCAGCCUGUAUUCAGCUCACAAAAGCAUCAUCUGAGAUCUGAGAGUAUCAGUCACUUUCCAGCAGCAUUCCUCCCAAGGAAGAGCCUAGACAUGUGCAAAGUACCAGGACGGCCAGUUCCUUUCAUCGACCAGUCAUCAGUCUCAGCUUCCACCAGUCCGUAUUUGAGGCGACAUUUCAGAUUUUUCAGAGACGAUUUAUCGUAUCAAACACAAACCAGUCAAUUUGAUAGGAGACGUUCGAACUCGGUAGAUUACGGCAAUUAUUUGGACAGUACAUCUUUGCCGAGUGCUGCUAGGAAAUUUGGCAACAAUGUGAUGGUGAACAGUGGAAGGCUGCGUGAGGCGGCAGCCGGUCCGCCGUUAGCAGUCUUUGAUAAUGACAUUGUGAAGGUCGAGAAGAGUGAGAAGGAGAGUGUUGGCAAGAGGAAAACGAUGCAUGGUGAAAAUUCUCCCAGUGGGCAACAGAUGGAAGCUUCACCGGUGGCUGUGAGGAGAUCAUGCAGUGUACCAUGCAAAAGCGCCCACAACAGAGACUCUUCCAGUUCGAAUGACUCCGGAGUUUCAGCCGGAUCUCCCAAGCGGCAGGUGGAAUUCGAACUGGCCUCAUGUCCGGAGAAAUCGGCCACCAACAACCCACUUCACAACAGUAGUUGCAUUCAUUCGUCGCUACCCCGAAAGUCCAAGUCCAUUGAUCCACUCCAGGAGCUCACUUUCCAGUUUCAGAUCGCUAAGCGAUCAGUCAAGGCUAGUGAUGAGACGCCGGCACCUCACGAGAAUAAAGAAUCGUACAAAGGUAGUGGAAAUACAAGCACAACAACAAUUCUUGGAAUUGAUUCUCAGAGUACUAGUAGUGCUACUUCUGAUAUGUCCGACUAUAUUGAAACACUUUCUCUAUCAUCAUACAGCUCAUCAGACACUCCCGAUGGACUCAGGUUGAGUCGCACAGCGGUUAUUACAUUGAAACCUCGUUCUGGUAAAGAAUACCAUAAAGUGGACCGCUGCUACAUAUUGGAUGAGGAAUCUAAGAGAACAAACAGCAGAGUAUCAACUACAAUCCCGGAAAAGUCUGAAUCACCUUCGCCUGGAUAUGCAAGUGGAUCACCGGGAAAUUAAAUUAGGUUUGACUCUACUCUGCAACAAGGAUUUGAAACGAUAGGAAAAUAAAUUGAGAAGAACUGAAUAGGCUAGCAAUAUUACAAUAAAUCAUUAAAUUGUAUAUUACAAUAAAGUUUUCAACAAGUUCAACUUUUAAGUAAUAAGUACGGUAAUUAAUAUAACUUAUAUAGAAUAACCUACUGCCUGAUCAUUGAGAUCAUAAAUAAUGUAUUAAUAUAUCAAAUAGAAAGAAAUCAAGCCUGUUUUAGUACAAAUUUUCUACGACUUUCUAGUAAAGUUUGGAAUAUUACAUUUGAAUUUGCCAAUAAACAUAAUUUGCAAAAACUA